AGCUAAUUGGUUGUGGUGAGCUUGGAAGAAUCAUUCCUAUUUUAGAACCAAAAAUGCUCCUGUUGGACUGUAUAUACCUAUGAUAUAUCUAUUUUUUACGGACAUGGGUCACACAUUUUUUAGUGAAAUAAAAGUACCAUAUAAAAAUUAUUGGUUUUAAAAGUGGUACAAAAUUAAUAAACAUGUUUCACAGGCACGGAUCCAUAAGACAUUUUAGGUGGGAGGAGAAGACAUUUCACUAAAGUGAGAACUUUUUUUUAGAUUACAAUUCUAAUUUUGGAGACAUAGGAUCAAUACACCCCUCGUAUUUACAUUUGAUGCCAUAGAUACUUUAAAAACAUUUAAGGACCUAUUAAUAUUUUUCAAUUCAAUAAAUAUCCAGUAUUUAAUCAUUUUUGUGUGAAUAACAAUGGAAAUGAAAGUAGAUGGCAACAUAAAGGUGUUAAUGAUAUAAUUAAUGGCGAGUAUUCUGGAAACUGUUUUUGACGCGUGACGACGUGUUGAAAUAUCGUCCGAGUUGCAGGGUGACAAUGUGCGCGGUCAGCAAAGAGCCGGAUAACGUGUCUCGAGCUAGUAUUGUGUUUAGCUUGGCGUCAUUGGCAAUUCUAUUCAUCGGAUUUGUGACUGGAUCGUGGGUAACCACAAGGGAACCAUAUAAAGUACCCGGAACCGAUAUGUAUACAGCUGUCGCAUUUCGCAUUGGUUUGUGGAAAAUCUGUCCAACACUUAAGAAAAUAAACUCGACGCUUAGUUUUCCAAAUCUAUCGUGUAAAUAUGUCCGGUAUACGAGUGACUGGGAUUCCACUUUAGCUAAUAAAGACCUAGGAAUUGAUUCAGAUAUCUAUUUCACACCGUCUUUUGUAGCUAGAAUGAGGUGGUGUACUCCAUUAGUUGCAAUUAGCCUGUGUCUCAUGUUAGCAGGUUGCAUCUUCUCUUUCAGUGGUCAUUUUUGUAAAGAUCAAAAGACACUAAUUGCUUCAUCUCUUUACACGUUGGCCGGGUUAAUACUGGCUGCGGGGUUGUUUGUCUUUGCGUCCGUUUUGAGUGACAGCUUUUCUUCUGUAUACUUAUCGUCAAGGGAUGAUGUAGAUUUCUCGGGACAGGUGUCUACAAAUCCUGAUUACGAUUAUCGUUACGGUUGGUCCUUCAUUGCUUGUAGUUUGGCAUUUUUGGCAUCAGAGGCGUCAGCAGUGUUUACCAUUAUCGCAUACUUUAGACGCUUAGAAGAGCGGAUGCACUACACUGCGGUUGACAGGAAACCACCGCAAUCGCCAACGCUGUCUGUGACUGGUGGUACGGCGGCAACCGGAGACGAAUGUUCGCUCCAUUCUCCCGACCAUAUGGAUCAGGAAUCCCUAGAUUCGGGACUUCUUAAUUCCGAACGACCGACUGCUGCAUCAACAACUACAUCUGCCGUCGUUGACGAUUCGCUGUCGGGCGAUCUCAAUGGCAAUACGCCACCCGACAUAUGUCCGCCUAAAAUCGGCGAUGACUUAACCAAUAGUCAAGCCGGUGUGGCCGUUGUUAAACAAUCGACGUCGUAUUGCAGUGCUACGCUGAACCCUAAACAUUACAAGCACAUGGCUGUUAUCAGUAGUGGUAACGGUUACGAGGUGGACACGACAAAACCGUGUACUUGUUCGUCAAUGCCGGUGACGGGUUCAACUAAACGAUACGCAACCAUAGCUGCCGGUGUGACGAGACACAACGGUGGUAAACAAUAUACGGCUGCAACUUCAAUGACGACAGCCAAGCGAAAGGGGGGCGCCACCGGACUGACGUCCAUUAAGGAAUCACCGAUGGACGAUUACUAUCAUCACCAUAACCAGCAGCAACAUCACUCUAAAAAUCACCAAACUCUAAGUCGUAAACCCGAGCCUCCCAGCAGGAGACUAAAGGCGGCAGUCGGGAGUUAUUGCAUACCUCAGACUCCUAUUGCUGCUCUAGAAGCCUUAGACUGCCCUCCCAUAGCGGACUCUAGACUGGUAACGCCCAGUUUGGUAUGACGUAAAUGUUGCGUCGUCUUAGGCCAAGACGAACACGCUGUAUGACGACGCAUAUUCCUAAGAGUUACAUUUCUCGAAUUAAUAAUCGAAAAAACUGUACCAAUUAAACUGAUCAUUUUGGUUGUAAAACUCAUGUUUUUAAAAUUGCUAACAAAUAUGAAUCGGUGCGUAAAUCUUUUGUACAAUUAAAAAAUGUCAACUUUUUACUUAAAUUUUAUCAUAUUUAUUAAUCAGUUGAUUCAAUAAUAUAUUUUUUUAAAGCGUACUCGAUAUCAUUAAUAAUAUAAAGUGAUAUAAAAAAAAUGGUGGUUAUUGUUAAUAUGCAGAUUACUAAGGUAAAUUGUCUAUAAUUUUUUUAUUUUUGAAAUCUGUAUUAUGUACAUAUAUAAUAUCGUGUUACUUAUCAUAAUAAAUUGUUUGUGUAGCUCUUAAGUUGGUAUAAAAAAUUGAAGAAAGUUGUGAUGUGGGACAAUUAGGUUAUAAGCUGUCAAUCAUUAUAAUGGCGUUGUAAACGUUUAGCUUAUACCAUCAUGACGAUAUGCUUAUAAAAGAAAAUCACGUCUUGAAUACUAAACGUUUAUGCAACAUAAUAAACGGGAAUGAUUUUUAAAAAAUGGAUAUGCGACAUUGAAAUGUAAUAUCUAUACUUAUUAUUACAUCUUAAGAAAGAAUGUAUCAAAGUAUAUUUUCUACCAUUUAAUUAAUGAACGAAUAUUACUUGUUGUAUAAUCGAUUAUUUUUCAUCACGAAAAAAGCGAUUUAUGUCUACGCAUUAUUGACAAACAAUGUUCUGUAAAAAAAAUAUGUAUACCUAUUAUUUAAAAAUAUUUUUUUUAAAUGUUUGUUUUGGAAAAAUAUUUUGUGAUAAAAAUAAAAUUUCAUUUUUUUGUAGUUGA